CUCCGCCUGAUCCUGACCCAGAUCCCCUGCUUCUUCUUGUGACCUCUGGGAGGCCAUACUUCACUGCCAUUGGUGGAGAUAUGUGACUCGACUCAACGUAAUUGGUCCCAGGCUGAACACUGCCAUCUAUUGAGAAAAAAUAUCUAUCACAAUCAUAUGCUGAUUCACUGGGAAUGUGUAUUCUCUUUUUAUUCUUAUUUCUUAAAUAGUUCUUUGUGGAUGCAGAAAAAUGCAGAAAAACAGUAUAUAGGAGACACCUUUUGAGGAAUUUCAAUAGGAUAAUUUCAAGUUCUAGUUUUAUUGUGUGAGCUCAUGAGGUUUCAGGCACAUUUACAAUCAUUGUACCUGCUUGAUUUGGAGUGAACAGGAGUCUGGGUAAUUUUAGUUUUUCUUAUGUUGUCCUUUGUGAUCAUUUGGCUGUCUAAUACAAAGCUUGCAUGGUAAAAUAAAAAGUGACUUUGGUAAAAUGCAAAGUUAUCUUGGUAAAAUACAAAGCUAUCUUGGUAAAGUACAAAGCUAUAUUGGUAAAAUACAAAGCUUUCUUGGUAAAAUACAAAGCUAUCAUGGUAAAAUACAAAGCUAUAUUGGUAAAAUACAAAGCUAUCUUGGUAAAAUGCAAAGUUAUCUUGGUAAAAUGCAAAGUUAUCUUGGUAAAAUACAAAGUUAUCUUGGUAAAAUACAAAGCUAUCAUGGUAAAAUGCAAAGGUAUCAUGGUAAAAUGCAAAGCUAUCAUGGUAACAUACAAAGUUAUCUUGGUAAAAUGCAAAGUUAUCUUGGUAAAAUGCAAAGCUAUCAUGGUAAAAUACAAAGUUAUCUUGGUAAAAUACAAAGCUAUAUUGGUAAAAUACAAAGCUAUCUUGGUAAAAUGCAAAGAUAUCUUGGUAAAAUACAAAGCUAUAUUGGUAAAGUACAAAGCUAUAUUGGUAAAAUGCAAAGCUAUCUUGGUAAAAUGCAAAGUUAUCUUGGUAAAAUACAAAGCUAUCAUGGUAAAAUACAAAGUUAUCUUGGUAAAAUACAAAGCUAUAUUGGUAAAGUACAAAGCUAUAUUGGUAAAAUGCAAAGCUAUCUUGGUAAAAUGCAAAGUUAUCUUGGUAAAAUACAAAGCUAUCUUGGUAAAAUACAAAGCUAUCUUGGUAAAAUACAAAGUUAUCUUGGUAAAAUACAAAGCUAUAUUGGUAAAAUACAAAGCUAUCUUGGUAAAAUGCAAAGUUAUCUUGGUAAAAUACAAAGCUAUAUUGGUAAAAUACAAAGCUAUAUUGGUAAAAUACAAAGCUAUCUUGGUAAAAUGCAAAGUUAUCUUAGUAAAAUAAGUUAUCUUGGUAAAAUACAAAGUUAUCUUGGUAAAAUACAAAGCUAUAUUGGUAAAAUACAAAGCUAUAUUGGUAAAAUACAAAGCUAUCUUGGUAAAAUGCAAAGUUAUCUUGGUAAAAUAAGUUAUCUUGGUAAAAUACAAAGUUAUCUUGGUAAAAUACAAAGCUAUUAUGGUAAAAUGCAAAGGUAUCAUGGUAAAAUGCAAAGCUAUCAUGGUAACAUACAAAGUUAUCUUGGUAAAAUGCAAAGUUAUCUUGGUAAAAUGCAAAGCUAUCAUGGUAAAAUACAAAGUUAUCUUGGUAAAAUACAAAGCUAUAUUGGUAAAAUACAAAGCUAUCUUGGUAAAAUGCAAAGAUAUCUUGGUAAAAUACAAAGCUAUAUUGGUAAAGUACAAAGCUAUAUUGGUAAAAUGCAAAGCUAUCUUGGUAAAAUGCAAAGUUAUCUUGGUAAAAUACAAAGCUAUCAUGGUAAAAUACAAAGUUAUCUUGGUAAAAUACAAAGCUAUAUUGGUAAAGUACAAAGCUAUAUUGGUAAAAUGCAAAGCUAUCUUGGUAAAAUGCAAAGUUAUCUUGGUAAAAUACAAAGCUAUCUUGGUAAAAUACAAAGCUAUCUUGGUAAAAUACAAAGUUAUCUUGGUAAAAUACAAAGCUAUAUUGGUAAAAUACAAAGCUAUCUUGGUAAAAUGCAAAGUUAUCUUGGUAAAAUACAAAGCUAUAUUGGUAAAAUACAAAGCUAUAUUGGUAAAAUACAAAGCUAUAUUGGUAAAAUGCAAAGUUAUCAUGGUAAAAUGCAAAGUUAUCUUGGUAAAAUACAAAGUUAUCUUGGUAAAAUACAAAGCUAUCUUGGUAAAAUGCAAAGUUAUCUUGGUAAAAUACAAAGCUAUAUUGGUAAAGUACAAAGCUAUAUUGGUAAAGUACAAAGCUAUAUUGGUAAAAUACAAAGCUAUCUUGGUAAAAUGCAAAGUUAUCUUAAUAAAAUACAAAGAACCUCUCUUGGUAAAAUACAAAGCUAUAUUGGUAAAGUACAAAGCUAUAUUGGUAAAAUACAAAGCUAUAUUGGUAAAAUACAAAGCUAUAUUGGUAAAGUACAAAGCUAUAUUGGUAAAGUACAAAGCUAUAUUGGUAAAAUACAAAGCUAUCUUGGUAAAAUACAAAGAAGCUCUCUUGGUAAAAUACAAAGCUAUCUUGGUAAAAUGCAAAGAAGCUCUCUUGGUAAAAUGCAAAGUUAUCUUGGUGAAAUACAAAGCUAUCUUGGUAAAGUACAAAGAAGCUCUCUUGGUAAAAUGCAAAGCUCUCUUGGUAAAAUACAAAGCGAUCACAGUAGAAUAAAAGUAUCAUACUGAAAAGCAUUACAGAUAAAUAAAUCAAAAAUAAAACAACGAGAUAAGCUACCUGUAGUCAUUGUUUCUGCUACAGCAUUGUUGUUGUUCAUAGAUGCUGCAAUAUGAGAAGC